CAGUGAUCAACAACUCCCAGGUGGAAUGGGCAGAUGGCUAUGGUUAUGCCCAAGACGGUGUACCUUCUACCGCGGACACUGUAUACCAGGCAGGGACUCUGAGUAGCUUGCUGACGUCACUGGCUACGUUGAAGUACGUAGAAAAUGGGACCUUGGAUCUAGAGAAGAACAUCAACGAAUACCUGACAUCUUGGAAGAUUGAGUACGAAGGAGUGCAAGACGAUCGCGUAAAACUGAAACAUCUGUUAAGUCACAGUGGAGCAGUUGAAGUUGAAGAGUUUGAAGGUUAUGCCCAAGGCGCUCCCAUUCCGACCCUUCUUCAAACUCUAAACGGCGAAGUACCAGCUAACAACGUGAAGGUGGAACUGAUAGAAGACCUCCUCGAUGUGUUAGGAAACGGUCCUUUAACUCCUGGUGAACAAGAAGAUUAUUCGUCUGGGGGAUUCGCUGCAUUACAGCAACUACUGGAAGAUGUUACAGGACUACCGUAUAGUACAAUUGUACAGGAUAUGGUUCUGGACAAAGUGAAUAUGUCAUCUAGUAGUUUUGCACUAAGGGACUACAGUGACACUAAUGACGUAGCAUUCGGCCAUCGUUGCAACAGUUCUAAGGAAACUUCUGUGCCAGGUAACUGGAACCGUUUCCCAGAAUCAGCUGCCCAAGGUUUAUGGUCAAAUGUAGCUGACUUGGCUAAACUUGUCAUUAAUAUUGCUAAAGGUCAGAGUGGAGACCCAAAUUCGAUAUUAAAUGCUGAAUCUACGUCAAAUAUGCUUACAUUACAAUUACCGUCAGUAGAGGGCGCACGGUUUGGUUUGGGAACAGAAAUAGGGGACGGACGGGAGUCUAGUAAAUGGUUUUACAAUACUGGCUACAGUGAGGGUUAUUGUAGCGAGAUCAUUGGUAAUACAGAUGGUAGAGGUCUAGUGAUGAUGUCUAAUCUAGGGUGUAGUCGGGGACA